AUGGAAGAAGGAGGGUUUGAAUAUCAGGCAGUGCACAGAGGGCGAGCUGUGACGUUCCUGCACGUUUCUCCACGGCCAAACUCAUCGGCAGACCUCCAGAGGCUGGAGAAGAGGGAGCAAAGCGGGAUCACACAGCCCAGCGUGUUCUGCAGUACUAUGGGAAGGAAGGACAACGACUGUGGGUCCUGGAGAGGAGAUGGUGACGACCCCAAAAUAGACCUCCACACUGACGAAAAGCCCGGGAGCUUCAACCGGAGCCCACAAUGCACCACCUCAGAAACUGAUAACUCGCCCGGGGACAACUCGCUCCGCCUUGAAUCUGCUUCUCUCUGUGACAGCGCCGUCGGUGCCGGUGAUGAUGAGGUGAAGAAGAGUCACAAGGGAGGGAGCUGUGAGGACGACGAAGAGGGCCACCUGGUCUACGACGUCGGCCUCGUGAUGAAAGAGAGAUAUGAGGUGGUCUCUACACUGGGAGCAGGAGCCUUUGGAAAAGUGGUGGAGUGUAUUGAUAGAGACAACAGAGACGAGCAUGUGGCUGUGAAGAUCGUGAGGAACAUCGAGUGUUUCCGAGAAGUAGCGAGGUCUGAGAUCGCAGUGCUGGACGAGAUCAACCGCCUGGAUGAUGACAACAGAUUCGCCUGCGUCAGGAUGCUGGACUCGUUCGAGCACGAAGGCCAUAUCUGCAUCGUGUUCGAGCUGCUCGGCCUCAGCACCUUCGACUUCCUGCGACAGAACGAGUUCCUGCCGUUCAGCGUGGAGCAGAUCAGACACAUGGCCUUCCAGAUCUUCAGAGCCGUCUGCUUCCUGCAUCGUAACAAGCUGACCCACACAGACCUGAAGCCAGAGAACAUCCUGUUCGUGUCCUCCGACUACGACUACAAGUACAGCGAUGAGACGGAGAGGAAGCUGAGGAGUCUGGAUGUAAAGGUGGUGGACUUUGGCACCGCUACAUUUGACCAUGAGCACCAUGAAUCUCUGGUGUCAACACGCCACUACCGAGCUCCAGAGGUCAUACUGGAUCUGGGCUGGAACCAGUCAUGUGACGUUUGGAGUCUGGGCUGCGUUCUGAUGGAGUUUUACCUGGGACGUACACUCUUCGCGACUCACGACAGUAAAGAACAUCUGGCCAUGAUGGAGAAAAUCCUGGGACCGAUUCCUCCCCACCUGCUGAGAAAGACCAGGAAGCAGCAUUACGUGCACAACCAGCGUCUGAACUGGGAUGAACAGAGCUCCACCGACGAUUACAUCAAGACACACUGUAAACCACUCAAGCAGUACAUGCAGAGGGAGAACGAGGAGGAGCGGCAGCUGUUCGACCUGCUUGGCUGCAUGUUGGAGUACGACGUCUGCAGGCGGAUCACUCUGGAGGAGGCGCUGUGGCACCCGUUCUUCAGCCCACUGAGGACGCAGAGCCAUCAGCGCAGUUAGCACACACACAC